AACAUAUAAUGUUAAACGGUUCCAGUCACUGGUGCUUGUAUAUGGCCAACAUGACAUCAAGGUCCAGACAAUCUUCCUCAGAAGCAGUAGAGGGUAGUAUAUCCAUACUCUUCCACUAAAUUACGUCUUUAUAGCGUUUUGACACCACCCCUUUGCUGCAGAUGGAAUCGUGCAGGAGUGCUCGGGUGUAAACAAAACUAGAAUCCGGCCUUGCGUUCUGCAAAGAUCGGAUGCUCAUAUGAAUGGAACACACACGUCGCCUCUGGGGCGUUGACAAGGCAUAUAGAGAAAAGCGCUUGAAUCGCGUCGGUGAUUCUUUAUCAAUGCCGUUCUACACACUGCCACCGCGGUUGUUAGGUGAAUCCUAAACUGCAUGAUAUUCACUACGAUGGCGACUUCUGCAGAACAGGACCUUGUGUUGGCAGAAGCAGCUGAGAGCAACAAAGAGAGAGCCCAAGUGUUCGGUAUUCUCAGACUGCAGGAGGAUAAAGCGGCAAGCGAGAAACCGAACAGCAGUGCCAUGAAAUCUGGAGACGGGAGAUGGCAGGCGCCCAUAUUCGCUUUAGCCAGAAAAGCGUCAGAAACCUUCUCGGGCGGCAUUCACGUUCUGCCCAAAAUGAUAGAGCCGAAAACGUCUCCCUUUUCCGAGGAAUGGGGUGCCAAGGCCUUUCGAGAUCCCAUGGCUAUGGAACGAGCAAACUUGCUAAAUAUGGCUAAACUUAGCAUCAAAGGUCUGAUUGAGUCGGCUCUCAGUUUUGGACGAACCCUGGACUCUGAUUAUCCACCUCUGCAACAGUUCUUUGUUGUCAUGGAACACUGCCUGAAGCAUGGUCUCAAAGUGAAGAAAUCGUUUCUUGGAUACAACAAGUCCUUAUGGGGGCCUCUGGAGAUGGUUGAGAAGCUGUGCCCAGAAGCAGGCGAAAUCGCAGCCAGUGUACGAGACCUUCCCGGCCUUAAGACGCCUCUGGGCAGAGCCAGAGCAUGGCUGAGACUGGCACUAAUGCAGAAGAAACUGGCAGAUUACCUACGUCUCCUUAUCACCAGGAAAGACAUACUUAGCGAGUUCUAUGAGAGUUCAGCAGUGAUGCUGGAGGAGGAGGGAGCGGUCAUCGUUGGUCUCCUGGUGGGACUUAACGUCAUAGAUGCCAACUUAUGUGUGAAGGGCGAAGACCUUGAUACACAAGUUGGUGUAAUAGACUUCUCUAUGCACUUGAAGAAUGACAUUGAUGACUACAGAAGUGAAGAAAGAAAUGGACAAAUUGCAGCCAUUUUGGAUCAGAAGAACUAUGUUGAAGAAUUAAAUAGGCAGCUGAAUUCCACAGUUCAAGGCUUACAGGGACGUGUGGAGUCAUUAGAAAAAUCCAACUCCAAACUCAUCGAAGAGCUGGCAAUAGCAAAAAACAAUAUCAUUAAACUACAGGAAGAGAACCACCAACUCAGGACAGAAAAUUCUGUAAUACUAAUGAAAGCACAACAGCGUCUUGAGCUUGCAGAGGGAGAUUUGAACUGUGAACUGGACACGUACAAGCAGUCAAGGCAGGGCCUUGAUGAAAUGUACAAUGAGGCAAGACAGCAACUUAAAGAGGAGUGUCAGCUUAGGCAGGAUGUGGAGAAUGAGCUGGUUGUACAGGUGAGCAUGAAGCAGGAGAUGGAAAUGGCCAUGAAACUGUUAGAAAAGGACAUCCAUGAAAAACAAGACACUUUGAUUGGACUUCGGCACCAAUUAGAUGAGGUUAAAGCCAUUAAUGUGGAGAUGUACCAAAAAAUGCAGUCUUCAGAUGACAGCAUGAAACAAAAAAAUGACAUGAUUUUACGACUGGAGGAGAAGACGAACCAAAUAACGGCAACUAUGAAACAGCUAGAGCAAAGAUUGCAGGACGCAGAGAGGGAACGUUCCAGUGCCGAAGACGGAGUGCGCAAAUUCAAGCAGGACUUCACUAACAAAGCUGACAGUCUCCAAAAGCAGAUAGCCCAGAGGGAGAAGCAAAUGAUGCAGCUGGAAACAGAUUUAAAAAUAGAGAGGGAAUGGCGGCAGACCUUACAGAAUGAAUUAGAAAGAGAACGAGAGACCAUUGCCCAGCUCACCACUGAGGCCCAGCAAAUCAACGGACUUAAAAAAGAGUUUCACAGGUUGCAGGAUGAGAACACACAGCUGAAGGGAAUUUGUGAGGAGCAGGAGCAGGCACUGGAAGAGCUGGGCUGCAAACUCAGCGAGUCAAAGUUGAAAAUAGAAGAUAUAAAAGAAGCUAAUAAGGCGCUUCAGGGUGGACAGGUUUGGCUGAAGGACAAAGAUGCUACACAUUGCAAGCUUUGCGAGAAGGAAUUUUCAAUUUCAAGAAGAAAGCACCACUGCAGGAACUGUGGGGAGAUCUUCUGCAACACUUGCUCAGAUAACGAGCUGCCGCUCCCUGCUUCACCCAAACCUGUGAGGGUCUGCGACACCUGCCACGCUCUGCUUCUGCAGCGCUGCUCCUCCAAUGCCACAUAAGACAGAAAUAGCAGUGCAGCAUCACAACAGCCAAUAUCAGCUUUAAUUUCGACACUGCGCUGUCCUACAUUGUGUCAAGCUAUAACAAAGUGACCAAAUCGGAUGCACCUGUUUUUUGUGUUUGAAGUUUACAUUUCACACAUGAAUAAGCCUAUUGCCUCAGAGCAGAUUUAAUGGCAGCUUUACGAUGUUUGUGCAGUUGGCCAAUGCAGUGUUUGGCACCAAGUGUGUCCAAAGAAAAAUGAAUCGUAGUUUACAAAUUGGUUAUAAAUUGACUGAAUGCCUCGCUCUGGGCUGCAAGUAGCCUUAUUUCAGCUUAGAUUAUUUUAGCAUGCAAUUUCCUACACGAGUUGGAAGUAUACUUUUGAUAUAUGAAGGGUGAACAGGAUUCAUUCUUCAAACCAUGUGUCAAAAGCAAACACGGUUACUACAUAUAUUAUUUCCUAAAAAAAAUUUCAAAUUCAGUUGAAAGACAUUCAUUUGUGCCUGUUUAACAAGCCAAACUGACAAACAGGGAUUUCACAAAAUUGUUUCCCUGGUUCAGUACGAGUAGAAAAAUCUGUAUAUAAAUAAGUACAAGUGUUGUCAGUGCUGCUCAAGUAUGAUUGAGUUGGAUUUACAUCAAAUAGCACAGAAUAUCUAGGUGUUAUUACACACUAGUAGGUUUACCUUGGUACAGAACUGGAAUGCUACUCACUUUGGAGUACUUCAAUGACUUGCCUUGAAUAUGCUGACAUUUCUCUUGAAUAGUUUGAACUAUUCAAAAUCCUGCUUUUAACUUAUAAAAGCAACUAUAAGUUUCAAAUGUGAAAAUUAUGUAUGUAUGAAACUGUACAUAUGCCUUAAACCACUAAAGUUGAUUAUAAUUCCA